UGUACUGUUUGUUGAGCUACUUUUGAAAAAGUAAUCGAUGUAAUACACAUCCAAGAUGUCGGAAAUGUCUAUUCGCGUUCAAACUUAUCUAGUAUUGGGUGUUAUGAUAGCAUGCUUCUCUAUACUCUAUCCAAAAAUUUUUCAUCCAAUGCUUAUGCAUACACUGGGUCUUACAAAAAGUAAAAAUAAGGAAGAACAAAUUAAUUUUGAAAAUUUUGGACCAAAUGGUCAUCUUCCACCUAGACCACCCAUCAGACCAACGGAGGGGACUGUUCACCAAGAUCAGGGUAAAAGAGGCGGUAUAAUGUCAAUUGUUCUGCCUGUUUAUGCGAUUGGUAUAAUUUUGUAUUUGGUAUAUACACUUUCAAAGGUUUUUUCAUCGAAACGUCGAAAGAAUUCAAAUAAGAAGGAAGAAUUUCUGCGACAUUAUUAUCGUGAUUUUCAUUAUGAUGUUGAUCGAGGCAAAUUUCGUAUGGGUUGUGAUUCAUCAGACGAUGACGAUGAUGACGGAGACAGUGAUGGAAAGACAAAUCCAUUUCAAACUUUAGACUUUUCAAGCUCAAGGAAAUCAGCUACUGAUUCAAAAAAUAAACCAUUUGAAUGGGGCUCAGUUUUCAAAGAUACUUCAUAUCCAGAUAUAUAUCGGUCAGCUAGAAGUUUACCUAAGGAUUUGGGAAAAUUACUCAUGAGAAUGGAACGACAAGAUUUAGAUACCGAAGAGUUAUCUCAUCUACGCAUUAGACUUGAACAGACUGAAAGGGAAAUGACUCGAAUAUUGAAAGCAAUGCAAUCAGCUGAAGAUGCACUACGUGGUCCGAUGGAAGAGCCUGAAAUAGAAGAAGAAAACUACGCCGAUGUAUUAGCUGACGAAAAUAUUUCAUCUGAGAAACAGUACUCCGCAGUGGAUGACGAAAAUGAAGAUAUCGGAAGUGUAGAGGAAGAGGAUGGAAACAUUAGUGGCGAAGAUGAGGUUGAAUUUAACUCUCGUAAUGAGCAACCGACGGAAGAUGUACAGAAGUCACCUGAGGAGCAGGAUACAUUUACUAAUGACAAUGAAAUAGAUAUCGUUGACAUAAGUGAAUCGUGUAUUCGUCGACGUUUAAUUCCAUCAUCAGCGUCAUCAUAACUUUCUGCCAAUCAUACUAUCUAUAUUGGAAUAUUGAAAAAAAAUAUGCAACAGGAUAACGUUUGUUUUCAUUGUGUAUGUUACUGUGACAAUCACCUUUUAAUUCUUUGUAAUUAUAAUAAUAAUAAUUAUUAUUAUUACUAUUACUGCCAUCAUUAUUAUUACAGUUAAUUUCCGUUUUUUCUCUCUCACUGUCUUUCUAGUUUUGUGUCAAUUUUCUCCAUUCUUUCCAUUUUUUAAUGUAGUGAAUAUACAUAAGC